AUGGAGCCGAGGGUGUUCUAUGGGGCGCCAAGAUCCAGGACCCCGAGCCCUCCACAAGAAGGCUCAGGCUCAGGAUCUGAGGCAGAAACAGAAAUAGAAGAGCCCGUCAAACGGUUCAAGAGGCUACACCGCCGUAUCGACAGCACAGACUCUGUACCGCAGAACAGUGAGGAGCGUCACGAGCGCAAGCGCAGUAAAACUUCUCUACAGAAGGUCUCGGCACGCGAUACACACGGUAGACAGCCGCUACAGCGUGCGUGUGCUCGUGGAGACUAUGAACGUAUCGUGAAACUACUCAAUGAAGGAGCCGAUAUCCUUGAUCGAGAUUACGCCGGUACUACAGCUCUUCAUAGCGCCGCUUUGCAAGGUGAUCCGAAGAUUGUUGAACUUUUGUUGAAAAAUGGCGCUAUUGCAGAUGUCAGAUCUGGUCCAGAUGAGCUAGACACGCCUCUCAUGGACGCAGUGAGCUCCAGCAAUUUGACAGUGAUCAAGCUACUUAUCGAAUAUGGAGCUGACCCCCGAGUCCAAAAUGCCGAGGGUAAAACCACAGUGGAUUUUAUUGAUGAAGAUGCUGAAGAGGCGGGCGAGAUACAAGACCUGUUGAAGCGCGAAUCUUUGAAGGCGCGUCAAAAGGGACCCCCUAUUCAAGAUCCUGCCGACGCGCCAAAGCGCAUGUUUCCGCCUCAAGUCAAAAGUGCCAAGAAGAACGGAGUGGAUAGGGCGUCAGAAAUGGCUGGUUCACGAGCCCGCCGUCGAAACGACCUUUUAUGGUUCGACGUUACGACAAAAACUGGACGUAUGGAAGUAUGCAAACGAGCUGCCCAAGGUGAUGUUGAGUAUAUCGGGAUGUCCCUUGAGCAUGGUUGGCAGCCCUCCGCUGAAGCUUUGGUGCAGGCAGCAAAGUUUGGACACACUGAUAUUGUGGGUUUAUUGCUAGCUUUUGGCAAGUCGCCGGACGAUUUGCACGAGGGCGUGACCGCUUUACACGAAACAGUCGGCCGUGGCCAUUUGGAGGUAGUUAAGUUGCUGGUGGAGGGUGGGGCUGACCCCUCUUGGCGUGACAGCGAUGGUCUGAGCUAUGCUGAUCUCGUGAAAGACUUACCACCCGACGACGAGGAAAGACUGUACAUUGAACAACUUUGCGGCGGCUCGCCUCUAAAGCAGGAAGCAAGUGCAAAAGUAAAGGACAAAGAAUUGAGGUCAAUAGAGGCCAGAGCCAAGGGGCCCAAGGAACCCAAGGAACCCAAGGAACCCAAGGAACCUAAAGAGCUCAAGGCGAAAGAACCUCGCAAAAUCAAGGACUCAAAGCCGAAAGAAGAGGCUACAAAGGAAGAGUCCAAAAUCAAAGAGACGAAGGAAGAUUCACAAGACUCGAACAAGCACUCCAAGGACAAGGUAAUAAGCAAAAAUGCUGUAGCCAAACCAGAGGUUGAACCCCCCUCGUCGAAACCAGACGUCAAAAGUAUAGAAAAAGAGGAUCAAAGCUCUAAAGACACUCGGAGGGACGAAGUUGCAGCCCCAGUACCUCGAAAGAUAAAAGAGGUAAGAGUGCGAUUCGACGAGAAUACAGAAACAGACAGGAAGGAUCGCAAAUCCAUUGAUCGUCCGACACACAGCGUGUCUCCCAGAAGCACGCCCCCGCCUCAGCAGUCUCAGGAAGAACUCAAGCGGCUUGAGGAGUUGGCAGCUAAGCGCGAACGGGAUCGCAAAGCCCGCGAGGUUGAAAUGCUGAGCGCUUUGGAACAGCAAGAGAAACGAGCAGCAGAAAGGCGUGAAAGGCUUUCUGGAGAGUUCGAUCCCAGAACAGUUUCCCCUGUCACCUCUGCGGCAGCUUCCCCGAAUACCAUAUCUUCUCCGGGUGGUCCAGGCCCCGGUCCUGAAACACCAACAUCACAGGGGGAGGAAGUGGUUCACAACUCACCCAGCAGAGAAACCAAGGUUCCCUUUUCUCGCGUAUCGAGUCUGCCUUAUGCCUUGCAGGUUCUCAGUGUCAUGGGAGCUCCUCAGCCCGUCGAGCCUCUGUUGGUGUAUAAAAAGAAGGGCCAGGACUAUAUUCUGGACGUCCAACUGGCUCUUUUCUUAGGGUCGGCACGUUUACAUGCAGACAACCCAGACCUCACUAAAGUUCCUGUGGGGUACGACCAGCCUUCCUUAUGGGGUCUUGUGUUUACGUGGAUGGCACCCAGACGGGCGUCUAGUGACCAGCUUGCAGCGGAGAAAAACAAAUUCGAGGCCCUGAAACUCAACUGGAUACCUUUCUCAGAGGCUGUUAAAGUUGCAGGCUCAAAGCAGUUUGAAACCGUGCGGAUCAGUUUGCAUGCUCCUAAACAUGCUGGGCUUGCGCGAAAUCCUAGCUACGAAAACGUGCCAUUGAGGUUGAUGGCACAGAUGUCAGCCAACCGUGCGUCGUCUCAAUGGCCGUAA